AUGGAAUUCUUCAAUGACCUCGGCUCAGACCCACUUAAACCUUCUCUUUUCGAAGUCAUUGCUCAGGAGCAGCUGAAAGAUUUGCUUCAACCGGCAUUGAAGUAUGUUCUGGCGGUGUUUGCGCAGCGAUACCCUCGAUAUUUGAUUCGAAUUGUGAAUCGACACGAGGAGUUCUAUGCGCUGAUCAUGCUCGUUGUUGAGCGACAUUACUUGACGAAACAUAAUGCAUCGUUCUCGGAGAACUUUUAUGGCUUGAAGAGGCGGAGACAACCCUAUAUUGAGACGGAGCGAACCAGGGCUGCAAUUGGGAAGCUUCCUGCCGGAGAACGAUUGAGGGAUAGGGAAAUAUGGUUAUCGCUUCUCUUCCUGAUUGGUAUCCCAUACAUUCGAGCGAAAGCUCACGACUAUUUCGAAGAGCUGGGGGGUGGUGUGAGCUCGGAGGUUCUUGAAGAAUCCAUAGAUGCUCGUCAGAUUCAGUUCUUGACAGACCAGAGUCUCCGUGGUCGUUUCCGAAGGGCGUUCAAGAAAGUCUAUCCGUGGCUUAAUAUGUCGUUUGAGCUGUGGCUUCUGGCCGGGAACAUACGCUACUUGUUCAACCGGACUUCUGCCUACCGACCGUGGUUAAGCUGGAUUGGCGUUGACCUUCGUCGGCUAGGUCCUGAAGACUUCAAUGCAGCGGCUAGUCUGGCGGCUAGCAAAGCUUUAUCGAACGAAAGCCUUAGCUUUGCAUCGAAGCUGAAGCUGUUAUUGAGAAAGUCGCCGCGUCUUCUACUCGACUCAUUACGUCUCCUACUACCUACGGCCAUCUUCUUCGUCAAGUUCCUCGAGUGGUGGUACUCACCCGGAUCGCCUGCUCGUUCCCUCGCCACCUCCCCGCAAGGCCCUGCCAUCCCUCCACCUCGCAUGCUCCCACCUCACCCACACGGUAUUCCGUUCGAUAGGACUGCGUACGGUAUCUGUCCGAUAUGCAGAAAGGAGAUCAAUAACGCGACUGCUCUUCCUUCUGGAUACGUAUUUUGCUACCGCUGUGCACACGAUCAGGUCGAGAAACAGGGGCGAUGUCCUAUCACACUGUUACCUGCUCGGUUGUUGGCGCACGUUCGUCGCCUGAGGGAAGAAUUGACUGGAGGAUGUGGGACGAAUAUGGAUGAUCUUGGCAGGAGAUUGGUGGCUAUUUUAGGCACAAUGAAGUUCGGAAAGCGCAUCCAGGCCCAGCAGAUUCCGGGGUGGUCCCAGUAUUACCUCGAUUACAAGUUCCUCAAGAAGAUCAUCUCAUCCCUUGCAGCAAACCGUCCAGCGUCAGAGGCAGCGGCUUUGGCAUUGGGGGCGCCACAAGCCCCGUCCAACACGACCAGCGCCUCGACAGCAACACCAACUAGCCCUGGCCAGCCCCCAUUCUUUCCAGCCUCGGAUUAUGACGCUGGACGUGGACCCGACUUUCAGGCUCACAAGGCCGCAUUCUUCUUUAAACUGGAACGCGAGUUGGAGAAGGCAUGUUCGACAGAACUGCUCAUAAACGCGUUCUAUCUGCAAAAGGAGGCGGAACUCAAACUCAGGAUGGAAACGCUGUUGUCGAAACGACGCGCUGCAGCAGCAAGAGGAAUGCCUGACACAAACAGCGAUUCGUUCCAGAACCGCGUCGAAUGGAGUGCCGUGGAGGAGGGAUUUCGCCUGUUGGAAAGGGACUUGGGCAAACUGCAGGUCUCCUCUGACGCCCAAAUCCUGAAAAAGUUUGACAAGCGAUCAACGUCAACCACGAAGGAACUUUAUCUCGCCCGCCAGGUUGACGUUCAACCGGUAUUCAACCGACAACUCAUUUCUGAGCUCGCCAAUACCGUUGCAACGUGCCUUCUGGAUAUAACGGAUCUCUCUUCCGGCCUUAACUUUGAGGGCCCCAAUGCCAAUGACAUCUUCACUCAGCGAAUACUCACCGAGAGAACAUCAACAUCCGGCCCUUUUGGGGAACUCGAAAGCAAUUUCCACAAAGCUAUCGCCGCGGGAGACGCUGAAGCGAUCAAGGACUGCGUCCACUACUCUGAAAUGCUCAGCCAACAAAGCGACUCGAAUGGAAACAUUACGCGGAUAUUGUGGAAUAUCAUCAUCGAAGCACCCCCAGACUUCGCAGACCUCAUCCUCGCGUCUCUUUCUUCCCCUUUCGACUACCUCUUUGUCGACGAUAUCCACGGUCGCACAUGCCUCCACGAGGCGGCCAUUGCAGGCGCCGAGAGGCUGGUGGAUCUAUGCCUUCAGAAUGGAGUUCCCGUCGAUAAGGCAGAUCUAUACGGGCGAACAGCUCUCCACUAUGCGGCUAUUCAUGGUCACGCAGGCGUGUGCCGGCAACUGCUCCAAGCUCACGUUCCUCCAAACACUCUGGAUCGCGACAAUUCUAGUCCACUCGUGUAUGCGACCACCAAAGGACACGUCGAAUGCGUCCGCGUUCUGUUGGAGGAAGGCAACGUUCCCGUCCAGCAGCCUGUCAGUGGAGACGCCAACCCACUAUCACUGGCCGCAAGGGCAGGUCAUGUAGAUGUCGUGGUCAUAUUGUUAAAGCAUAAUGCCGCGUGUUCACCAAACUCCAAUGGUGAAUACCCGAUGCAUUUGGCGGUGCAAAAGGGCCAUACUGAUGUUUGCAAGUUGUUGCUACACCUCGAGGGAUGGGACACACCAGACAAGUACCACGAAUGGACGCCUCUCUUCCAUGCCGCGCGUCAUGGACACGAAGGUUGCGUUCAUGAAUUGCUCCAACAUGGAGCACGACCUCUUCUCCGAGACGAGAUGGGACAUUUGGCUGCUCACUAUGCAGCCUGGUACGGUCACGUUGGUUGUUUGAAGCUACUGCUUGAAGCAAGUCCAGAGAUCCCUGAAACCUUGACUUUCUACGCGGCCUCGACCCUCUCCCCAUUACCUGUGGUUACGGGAGAUGCGACUUUCGACUCGGAAAUUGACAUGAUUCCAUCGCUAUCCCUUCCCCCACCGAUCAUGCCCCAUCGCGUUUACGGCCACAACUACCUCGUCAACCAGAACCUAGUCCAGGUCUUCAUUGGUCGGUGGUCUCGAGGCUCCCCCAAUACUCCAAGUGUGCGGCUCCACCAUCGCCUAAUGAGUCCCGUGUUCAAGGAUGAAUAUGUUCUCGCGACAAGCCCGCUGAAACUCGUGAUGACCACAAAAUCCAAGACCACCACGGCUCCCUACUCUAUGACAGUCCCACCCCAACCUGGAGAAGGAUUCUUUUCCUUCCAAGUUCAUUCUCUCGAGGACCUGACAUUGGAAUUUUCCAUUUACCCGAAUUUCGGCACCAAGACCAUCGGAAGAGCCGUCGCUCUUCCUGCGUUCUUCGCAGGUGUCGAGAACAAUCAGACAUACGUCCUGCCAAUUUUAGAUCACCGGCUUCAUACUAUCGGGGAGGUCGACUUCCAAAUCAACGUGAUCAGGCCGUUCGAAGGCGUUACCUUGGAAGUUGGGGGAGAUGUCGAGACUUACUGGAAGUCAACAGAGAUCACGAGUGUGCCUUCUCGUGGCAGCGGAAGAAAUCGACGUUCGAAUCAGCCAGGUUCAGCCCAUACGUCACCGGGCCUCGCUGUCAACCCACCAGGCCCGGGUGGGCAGGCAUUGACGCAAUCGUCGCUAUUUGGGACCUACCUACACGUUGUCGUGCAAGUUACACGCGACCUACACCCGGUAGUAUUCUCGGAGUGGCUUGUUCCCGGGACCAUAACCGAGCAGGGGGUGGCGGACGUAACGCUAGCUCAAUUCGAGACCCUCGCCCAGGCAGCAAACAAGAACUAUGACGUUGGUGCCGGUGUUACGACAGACUGGCCAUCAACGUUAUCCUCGUGUAUGAUCUCCUUAGAAUCCCUUCUAAAGUCGCUCCCGGCAUCAUUCAACCUCGCGUUGGAAUUGGCAUACCCGACCCAAGGAACCGUCCAGCAACUACAUCUGGGCCGCCGACUACACCUGAACGAUUUCGUGGACGCUGUGCUACGGACCAUCUACGGGGUGUCCACUGCAGCCGGGACGACGCAACCUCGUCGCAAGGUUGCCUUCUUAUCGUUUGCACCUGACGUAUGUUCUGCCCUGAACUGGAAACAACCCAACUAUCCCGUUUUCUUUGCUUCACAGUGCGGCAAACACGGAAUUAGCGGUUAUUCGAGUCAACUUGCGACCGGUUCUGCUGGAGAUGACCAAAGAACCCUAAGCAUAGGGUCUGCGGUCGAAUUCGCAAAGUCAAACAAUCUCUUGGGCGUCUUUAUCGAUUCAGAUCUACUGAUCCGGGUGCCAUCUGCUGUCGACGGGAUUAGGAAUUCUGAACUCAUCGUGGGGGUUUUGGGGAGUGCGGAAAAGUUCUCACAGCUGACUUCGGCCGACCAGGAGAGUCAUGCAGUGGAUGCUUAUUUCGACAAGGGGACGUUGACGUUUGUAGAUCGCUCACUGAGGGAACUGUUGUGAAGACUGGCUUGCCUGAAGCGUCAUCGCGCGGGUCGACCCGUGUUCUGAGAAGUUAGUACUUAGUGUAAACAUGUAAUACAAGCUAUUCAAUCGUA